UGGCUCAAGGGCACUUUUGACCCCCUUAUACGGCUAUGCCCUUGCCAGCACGGCUACGGUACAACGAUAUAAAGUUUUCUUAGCGUAGAUAUUUCCAGCGCAGACAAAACUCGAGCGACGACUACCGAUUGGACUAAUAAAAUUAAAAAAUACGAAAUUCCGCCAAGACGAAAGUUUACGUAUCCGCCGGUACCGCCGCCUCGAAGUCCGUUGCCUUCCCGACGACGAGUCUCGUUCUGCGACGUCGUCUUCGGGGAUACGCGCGAAAACGAGCAGAAUUGUAUCACGAAAAUGCAGGAUGUUCGUCGUAGGCCUUGCUGCAAUAACGACGGUAACGAGGAAUUCAAGGAUUCGUACGACAUUUGGCAAGCGGACGAACCGGCUGGUAAACACGACGGCGGAUACGAAAAUGUCGAUUUGAGACAAACGGAGGACACCGGCAGGAUGCAUUUUGAGAAAUGUGCUUCGGAGUGUUACGAUGACGGCGAAGAGACGUCGAACAAAUGCAAUGACAUCGAGAAGAACUGUGAACAAGACAACUCGGAGCCACGUGGGUACAGAAUAAUGAACGAGAAAGACGAUGCGUCGUCGAGGGAGGACGUCAUGGCUUGCGAUCAUCAAAAUUGUUCGAAUUCGUCGAACGUGCUUGACGAUAACGAACGUUUGAGGGGGGGAUGCGGAGGUGUGUGUGGACCAUGCGCACCUCAUCCUAAAGUCGCUUGUGGAGUAGUUAAAGUGGUAGAAAGUCCUUGCGUCCACUGCAUGAAAAGAGAACCGGAACCUUGUCGCGUUAUUCCAUCCUGUUCAACCUGUUCAUCGCCGUGCAGCGAUAGACGGGCUUGCUGCUCUCUGGCGAACGAACGGCCGAUUUGCAAGAAAACGAUCAUCAGAUGUCGUCCGUCGUGCACGAAAGAGCCCCAGACCUGCGCCGGUAGUGGAUGUUGCGGAAGCGGAUGUCGCGGUGGUUGUGGAAAGCCUGGACAAACGUGUAUGCCGUCGAGACCUUGCGCGGUUCCACCUUGCAGGCCUUGUUCGCCCUGUUCUCCACCGCGACCAUGUCCCCCGCAACCAUCUUGCUGUUGCAGCAGAAAAUGUGGAACUUGUUGUCCAAGUGGCGGUAGCGUGUGCUACUGUCGGUAAGAAAAUCUCGAUAUUGUUGCUGACGUCAAAUAUAAUGUUUUCUGAAUGUUCGACAUGAAAAAUAAUUAUCACUCACGCUUAGUUUUCAUGAUGUAGUUAUGGCAAGUUUUGAGUAACACACGCUUUCCUGCGUGAGCAUCGGGUUGCUUGUUGUCAGGGGCUUUUGAAUCAAUUGAAUUCGGAACAUGGAGAUUUUAUUGAUAGAGUAGG